AUGGCAGAGAUCUCAGCCGACUUCCCCUUUACCAAACAACAUGUUCCAGUGCUGGAUACCACAAUGGCCUACGUCGAUACGGGCCUACCGACCAAUACUGCACCCACCGUCAUCUUCCUCCAUGGCAACCCCACGUCCUCUUACAUCUACCGCAACAUCGUCCCACACGUCUCUCCUAUAGCCCGCUGCAUCGUUCCCGAUCUCGUUGGCUUUGGUGAUUCGGGGAAGAUGCCGUCAAAUGCAUACUACGUCCGCGAUCACAUUCGGUAUUUCGCCGCUUUCAUGGACGCCGUGGUUCCAAAGAAGGAAACCGACAAGCUCUUCUUCGUGCUUCACGACUGGGGGUCCGCAAUCGGCCUCGACUGGGGCCGCAAGAAUCCCACGCGUGUCGAGGGCGUGGCAUUCAUGGAAUACGUGUACGAAGCGCGACGGGAAGAUCUCUUGCCCGAGCUUCGAGAGACCUUCGAGAAGUUCCGCACCGAGGGCGUCGGACGCCAACUGAUCAUCGAGGAGAACAUGUUCAUCGAGGGUGUGCUGGGCCAGUUUGGCACCGCGAGGGGAUUGACCGAAGCCGAGAUGCAGCACUAUCGCCGGCCGUUUCUGAAGAAAGAAGAUCGCGAGCCGAUGUAUCGGUUCCCAAACGAGAUUCCGGUUGAUGGGCAGCCAGAAGAUGUGGCUGAGUUAGUAAAGGCGUAUUGGGCGUGGUUAAGGGAAAGUGAUGUUCCAAAGUUGCUGUUUUGGGGGGAGCCGGGAGCUGGGGUGCCCCUGGAACAGGUCAGAGAGGUUGAAAGGGACUUGGGAAAUUUGAGGUCUGUUAACAUCGGGCCUGGAACACACUAUUUGCAGGAAGAUAAUCCUCAUCUUAUUGGAGAGGAGACGAGGAAAUUUUUGGAGGAGGUCUUGGAACGGAAAUAG